UUCGUCUCUUAGUUCUUUCCUUGAUCUGAAGUGAUAUUUGCUAUCGCACUAUUGCACUUGUAAAAUAUAUAUCAUCCGUCAUCGCACCUUCAGCAAAGUAUAAAAGCAAUACAAGCAAUUUUAUUACGUUGUCCGGCAAGCUAACCCACCAUCAAUAGCACUCAUAAUGUCGACUCCAAGCGGCAAUUUACUCUAUCACAGGCAGAUCCCACCACAGGGAACACCCACAUCUUCUCCGGAGAGGCAAUUAUAUCAAUCACUCUCGAAUGCGUCGUCCUUUGACCAACUGCCUCCUGCGAUGAAUGCCUGUGGAUUGACACCUGCACCUUCGGAUGAUCAUACGGACAUGAUCGCACACAAUGCUGACAUUACUCUUGAGGAGGACGAACAUCAUCAGGAUGACCAUCAAUCUAAUCAACGACAAGCUCAUCAACACCAGCAUCCAUACCUAUUAUAUAGACAUUCUCCUCAGAACAUUAGUCGACCAUCAACACCGCCUGUAUCACCUGCUGUUGUUGUACUUCCACCCACUCACUCGGGCACUGCACCGUCUUCACCUAGUGUUCUCUCUUCAACCACAACGCAUUCAGACAAUAGUCUAUCAUCUAGCGGACCCUUAUCCUCAGUAGCUUCGACAUCAUAUUCGUACCAUAGCGAAACACAUCGGAAUCACUUGCACUCUCCCUUCUCUCUCUUUUCACAUGGAAGUAGUAGUGGCUCCCAAAGUGCCGAUCACUUAUUCAGCUCUUCAAAGACGCUUAGGAUUGAACUAAAUCAAACCGAGGUCGUCCUCAAACCUGGUCAACCAACUGUCAUGGAGGGAGUUGUCUACUUGAGUCUACACAAAAACACCAAAGUCAAGACACUUCAAUUAGAGUUUUCGGGGCGGUCGUCAGUCACCUGGGUGGAUGAUAAUGCAUACUCACCAGCCACUCGACAGACAACUGAACCGUAUAUAGAGCAUACAUGGACGUUGAUCUCUCAGCAGCAAAAAAAAUCACCAAUUCACCUGCAGUCAGGACAUCAUGCCUACUUUUUCUCUCUAGAGCUGCCGGAUACGCUACCGGGGACAAUUACCACUACUCAUGGCAAAGUGGAAUAUAAGCUCAUAGCGACAUUGACAAAGCCAGGCUUGACCUUCCACACCACUACAGCCACCACUCCCGUUACCAUUCUCCGACGCAACCCACCCUUGCCUUUACGGUCAUACCAACGAGGUGGUCGUGCUGUAAGUAGUCCUGACGACAAGGUCAAGUACAGGAUCAGUAUGCCUCAAGUCCGUGUCCCUCACAAUACCAAGGUCCCUCUGCAAGUCUCGAUUACCGCUCCAACAAUGCGGACACAUGUCCAAGUGUUGCAAGUGGGGCUUUGGGAACGAGUUGUUUAUAGAUCUGAGGGCCGCAAGAGAGUGGAUAUGAGGUUGGUCAAGAUUCAAAAGAGUGAGGGAUGGGAGCGGCCUUCUGACCAUGAGACGGAGGCAUGGAACUGGAACAAAGUCUUGCUUUUUGAUAUGCCUCAUAUGGGAUCCGAAUUCAAUCAAUGCAACCCCUCAGCAGACAUUGGGUUGAUGAAAAUCGGACAUAUUUUGCGAUUUUCAAUCUUGGGCACGGAAGGGACUAAGCGCUUUCGAGUAGAGAACGAAAUUGAAGUCAAGGUUUUAGCUUUCGAAGAUGAAUACCAACUUGAUCCGGAGGAGGAAAAUGAAGGAAGUGAUAGCGAGUUGCCUUCAUAUUUAUCUUCAUUUUCGACGCCGAGAGUAUCGUUCGAUUCUGAGAGAGAAAUGGAUCCUGCAGAUGAUCUGAGGUCGAUGAUCCAGCGAAUUCACUUGCCUACGUAUGCAGAGUCAGAAGAAGACGCCAACAGUAGAGCUACGUCACGCAAUGUUAGUAGGGACACCAGCCGUGCGCCCAGCCGAAGCACCAGCCCAGAGAGAAGCCUAUCUUCAUCCAAUCCUCUGCAUGCACUCCAUGGUCUUCUUCACCAUCAUCACCAUCAUCACCAUCAUCACCAUUCCCAUAGCUCCCAUUAUCACAAUCAGUCUCUUCCACAUAGCCCACUAAGUGUCGGCCACUCUCCUGUGCCUAGCACUACUCCAAUCUCACCUUCUCCAUUGAGAGCCACAGAACCUGCAUGCGUUAAUGUUGCUUCUGAAAAUGCUAGGGGACUUGAAGUCCCAGUAACGGACGAACUUGCCUUACCGCCUCCUUUGCGCUCUUCCUUUUCGACAGAUGGACCCUUACAGCCGCCGUCACAAUUUAGCGAUACUGAAAAUGGAAGCAGCGAUGACCCAAAUCUUGUUCUUUCGUCCUCGUCACAAGCGCCCAAAAACACUUGAUUGCAUUUGUACCACUUUAUCAUCUAGCUUCAACUUUUAACAUCAACUUUUGGCAUUUUAAUUAUCACUAGCAUUAUCAUUACCAUCAUUCCAUUAUUCAUUAUUUUCAACCUCAACCUCGGCUGCAGCCUAGAAUCACCAUAAUUUAUUAUUAACUAAUAUGCAUAGAUUAAUAAAGCACAUUUAGCUGUAUAU